AUGUAUACCUACACUCCCACCAGCAAGUUCCUCGUCCUCUCUCCUGUCCAGUCUCGUCCUGUGCAGACCAGCAAAUUCCUUGUCCUCACACCCACCGAAUCUGGUCCUGAGUACGAGUUUGGUGCAUCAACUCCCGCCUCUCCUGAUGUUCGAAACCGUUCAGACAGCGUCAGCACCGAUGAUUCGCAGAUUGAAGCUACGUUUUCUCCAUUCGCUGGUGGCUUUCUCUAUCUAGGCCACGGUACCAGACAAUUGAUUAUCCAUGUCUCACAGCCAAGCAAUGACAACUUAUCUGGAUCAACUGCCAAGAAGCACACUCAUCCCUUGUUUGUUGACAGUACGGAGUACUCCGGAGAUCGUAGCCCUCCCUCUGCAGGGGUCGAGAAUGUCCACCUAUUCUCUCUGAGAAAACAGAGUUACAAGACUGGUAGCGAGUAA